AUUUAAUUUUAUAUGCAAAUGAAAUUUAAAAAAAAUUCGAAGGGGGGACGAUCUUAUCGACUGGUAAAAUAUGUGCCGUCAUCUAGCGGUAGUAGCUAUUACUUCAUCUUACCGACUGGUAAAAUUCGAUUAUUAGUAUUCCCGCGUAAGUGUAGUGCUCUCUAACUGAAUUCGAAACGUCUUUGUAUAAAUUUUAUAUUUAUCAAAAUUAAAUACUAUUUAUGUUAUAUUUUUUAUAAAAAAGCAGUAUGGUGUAAAGUGUUUCUAAUUAUUGUAGGAGUUUUGUCUUGAUGACUAUAUUAUUUAAGAAUUUAUUAAUAAAAAUAAACGUUAUCAUUUAAGUUCUUAAUUUUUAGCAACUCAUUUCCUUGAAUUUUACAUAAAAUGUCAUACGAAAACAACGGUUUAAAUAUUCCCAUUAGAAGUACUGCGAAAGUUUUGAGCUUCUUUAAUAGAUCAAAAGAAGUAAUUACCGAGAAUGAAGUUAAAAAUGAUUCUGUGAUUUCCGAAUGUGAUACUGAAUUAAAUACCAACAAGAAUAAACGUCCAUGUGCAGAAAGUAAUAAUAAACUCAUAUUUAACGUUGUAUUUGGAAAAGUAACUACUAAAAAACAUAAAACAUGGGAUAAUGAUGGUUAUUUAGAAGUUAGUGGAAAAAAUGCGAUUUUAAAGGAUCAGGAUGGUAGUAUCGUUGGCAGAACAACAGUCAAUCCACAAAGUUUAGAUGAAGGUUUUAGAUUAAUUAUGGGUGGUAAGGAAGUAGAGAUAAUUGGCAGAGUAACACAUGAUAUAAACUUAGCGAAUAAUACUUGCAAAAGUAUAGAAGAUAAAGAACCACCGAGGAAGAAGUUUAAAACUUCCAUUACCGGUUCACGUUUAUUAGGAGUUUCACUUAAAAAAAAUUCUGAGUUAACUUCUGAAGCAUUAAUAAUGCCAAGUUUGUCUAAUAAAUUAGAUAGUACAAGUGAUAAUAUUAAUUUAGAAAAUGAACAACAAGUGUCUGUAGAUGCCUGUUUAACAAAUGUACUUAGACCACAUCAACGAGAUGGAGUGAUUUUUCUUUAUGAAUGUAUUAUGGGAAUCAAAGUUGAAAAUAAUUAUGGUGCUAUUUUGGCAGAUGAAAUGGGCCUUGGUAAAACAUUGCAAUGUAUAACAUUGAUAUGGACUCUCUUAAAGAAAGGACCAUUUGGUAAACCAAUAUUGAAACGUGUAAUUAUUGUGACUCCCAGUAGUCUGUGUAGCAAUUGGAAAAAAGAAUUUAUUCAUUGGUUGGGCUCUCAUAGGAUUUUUCCGUUCAUUGCUGAUAGUAAAAAUAAGCCAUUAAAUUUUAAAAGACAACCAAGAUCGCAAGUAUUAAUUAUUAGUUAUGAAAUGUUUGUUAGAAGCUACGAAGAGAUAAAAGAUAUUAAAUUUGAUUUAAUAAUAUGCGAUGAAGGACAUAGAUUGAAAAAUAGUAAUAUACAGGCAGCCAAGCUGUUACAAGAAAUGGAUUGUAAAAAAAGAAUUCUUUUAUCAGGCACACCUAUACAGAAUGAUUUGCAAGAAUUUUAUACUCUUGUCAAUUUUGUAAAUCCUGUAAUUUUAGGUAGCAGUACAGAAUACAAGCAUUAUUACGAAGAUCCUAUCAUUGCUUCCCAAUGUCCAUAUGCAACUGAAGAUGCUCAAUCUUUAGGAAAGGAACGAGCUCAAGAAUUGCGCGAUGCAACUAGUCCUUUUAUUUUGAGACGUACCCAAGAAAUAAUUAGUAAAUAUUUACCACAAAAGAAUGAAAUGGUUAUAUUUUGUCAUUUAUCAAAAAGACAAAAAAACUUAUAUUCUCUUGUAAUUGAUACUUGGUUUGAUAAUACGAUAUUACCGGAGAAAAAAGUAUCACCUUUAACGAUUAUAACAGCACUUAAAAAAAUUUGCAAUCAUCCAGAUUUAUUUACCAAUGAUAAAGAUAAUAUUUUAAAUAAUAAUCCAAUGUUUUUGCAAUUAAUCAAAAAUGAUAAUUCUUCAAAUGUUAAUGAAACAGAAUAUUGUGGUAAAAUAACGCUCGUUCGAUGUUUAAUGAGAAAUAUCAAAAAUACCAAUGAAAAAAUUGUAUUAGUUUCUUAUUACACACAAACACUUGAUUUUUUGGAAACUAUUUGUAAUGCCGAAGGCUUGAAAUUUUGUAGACUCGACGGUAGUACACAAAAUGUGUCCAGAAUGAAAAUUAUAGAACAAUUCAAUUGUAAAACUGAUGAUAGUAAAAUAUUCUUAUUAAGUGCUAAAGCAGGAGGUGUAGGAUUAAAUUUACCAGGAGCAUCUAGGCUAAUAUUAUUUGAUUCUGAUUGGAAUCCCGCAUCGGAUGCUCAAGCUAUGGCGAGAAUAUGGAGGCAGGGUCAAAAGAAAAAUGUUUAUAUCUAUAGAUUAUUAAUGUCAGGCACUAUUGAAGAAAAAAUAUAUCAACGUCAAAUUAGUAAAACAAAUUUAAGUGAAAUUGUUGUAGAUGCAAAUAAUCUUUCUUCUUUAAAACUAUCAGCUAACGAAUUAAAGGAUUUAUUCACCUUAACAUUAAAUACAGAUUCUUUGACACACGAUUUGAUGAAUUGCACAUGCAACGAUCAAACAAAUCUCAACGAAUUAUCGGAUAAAUCUGAAGAUACGAAAAUGAAUACGAAAGAGAAUAAUACAGAAAAUAUUAGCAAAAAAGAACAAUCUCAACAGAAUUUAACUAUUAAUCAACUUCUUGAUUGGCAGCAUUAUCGACAACCAUUUUCAGAUGUUAUGAUGCAGGAACUCAUGUUAAAGCAAGUAUCUAAAAAUAUUUCAUUUAUAUUCAAAAAUUCCAUAACCGAAAAAUAUGAUUCGACAAUUUGAAAGUUAAUGUAAAAUAG